CAGUACUUCAAAGUUCAAGCGCAGUAUGAAGUUCAACUGCAUCCGCUUCAUGCUCACUCCCGUCACAGCCUCUCGCAGCUGCUAGCUUUGCAGCUGUCAAACUCAUAGAGGUUUCGUUUUUACGCAAUGAGGCAGCUCAGGGUAGCACCCACUAGCACUGCCCUUGUCCACCAUGAUUUCAUACAAAAGGCAGCCAUCCAUUCCAUCAUACUCCAUAAUUUCAUCACUCCUCCUCUUCCCUCCACUCCAAUUUUUCAGGAACAAUGGCUCUCGACUCUCAUGGCGUCCUUGCAGCAGUGACCAUCGCAAUGUAUGUUCCCUUCCUGCUAGUUUCCAUCAAGAUAGUGUCCAAGUACGGCAUGGCCCGAGGUGAUGGGUGGAUCUUGCUGUUGGUAUUCUGCAUCAUUCGAGUAUUGGGUGGUGCUUUGCUUGUCGCAGCUGAGGAAGUUACUCCCGUGAACACUUCGCUAUACAUCGGUGGUUAUGCUCUAGAAGCAUCUGGCCUAUCACCACUGUUGCUUUGCACGCUGGGUCUGUUGCACUCAAUAUUCCAAACUCCUGAUGGAUUUCCGAGAUAUCAAAGACCAUUCCGCCUUCUUCAACUCCUCGGCAUGAUCGCUCUCAUCCUUACCAUUACCGGUAUCUCCGAUGAGACAAGUUCUAGCUCGGGCUCAAGCUCGAGUGGGAACAUUAUGCGCAGAGCCGGUGUCAUCCUCUUUGCCGUCCUAUACAUUAUCCUUGUCGGCAUUUGCGUGCACCAAUGGACCCAAAUCCGCUCUGUCAUGAGAUACCGCAAGCAGCUCUUGAAGGCCAUCUCCGUCGCACUUCCCUUCCUGGCUAUUCGGACGCUCUACAGCAUAUUGUCCACAUUCUCUUCGAGCUCGUUUUCGAUAACCUCAACUUCAACCACCCAAGCCGACACUAGCGAUCUCGCAAAAUUCAACAUCUUCACGGGCGAAUGGCAGAUCUACCUCGUAAUGGAUAUGCUCAUGGAGUAUGCCGUUGUGAUCAUCUACUGUGUUGCAGCCCUCGUGCUUCCCCUCAGCGAAGAUUACAAGUCUCCAGAAUCGUAUCAAGACCAGUACCCAAUGAAUGCGCCUCAGUAUUGAGCGUUCAGGCGUCAGUGAAUGAGAGUCAUGUCCGGUUACGGAGCCGUAUUUCGGUUCAAUGGAUUUAAUGAUACCAUCCCCAUGAUAGCAUCUGUUUACAAGGUCACCUACCGCUCGUAAAUAUGUUGUCAUAGGUUGGCUUAAUAGUGUGGUAUUAAUUUAUUUUAUGACCUGGUUCAAAUAAACAUAUGCAUAUCUCGAUGUC